CUCAGGUCCUCACUUGCGCUCUCCGUUUCUCUUCCUGCGUGAGCCGCCGCUCCUCUCCGCUCAGGUCCUUCACUUCGGGCUCUCCGUGCAAGCGCGCGUGUGGCGGCGGCGGCGGCGGCGAGGCGAAGAGCCGCGUGUUCCUGUCCUCGUCCCCCGUCCCGGCCGGAGCGCCGCCAGCGCCUCGGAUUAGCGGUCUGCAUGACAGGUGACACCGAGCGGCUCUGUCCACUGGCCGUGGUGCUGAAGCAGCGCUCGUCACGACCAGAAGAGCGCCCAUGCAGUGCCGGACAGGCGGCCGCCCGAGGAGCUUCCAUGAGAGUCGGUCUGAAGGAAUCCGAGGGGGACUGUAGCUGCGGGGGCUUCGGGGGCCAUGCAGAGUGAGCUCAACUCCAGCGGCGAUCCGGGGCGCCUGUCGCCGCCGCCACCGCAACUUCAACACAACAUCCCGGCGCUGGUGCUCGGAGUCCUCCUCAUCAUCUUCAUCAUCUGCGGCAACCUGCUGGUGUGCCUGAGCGUCUGCACGGAGAAAGCGCUGAAAACGACCACCAACUACUUCAUCGUCAGCCUGGCCGUGGCCGACCUGCUGCUGGCCGUCCUGGUCCUGCCGCUCUACGUCUACUCGGAGUUCCAGGGUGGGGUGUGGACCCUCAGCACCGGCCUCUGUGACGCCCUGAUGACCAUGGACGUGAUGCUGUGCACGGCCUCUAUCUUCAACCUGUGCGCCAUCAGCGUGGACCGCUUCAUCGCCGUCUCCGUCCCGCUCAACUACAACAGGAGGCACAUCGACCUGCGGCAGAUCGUCCUCAUCUCCACCACCUGGCUGUUCGCGCUGGCCGUGGCGUCUCCCGUCAUCUUCGGCAUCAACGACGUCCCCCGCCGACGUCACACUGAGUGCAAGCUGGAGGACGACAAGUACGUCGUCUACUCGUCGGUCUGCUCCUUCUUCAUCCCCUGCCCCAUCAUGCUGCUCCUCUACUGCGGGAUGUUCCGGGGUCUCAGGCAGUGGGAGGAGUCCCGAAAAGCCAAGCUCAAGAGCAGCAUGGCCGCCUGCCGCAAGCCCCCGCCGCCCAUCGAGAGGGGUGCACAGCUGGAGGAGGGGCGUCCGGUGCACACCGUCUCCUUCCCACAGCUCAAGUACGCCCAGCCGGGCUCGAGGAGGAAGAGGGCGAAAAUCAACGGGCGCGAGAGGAAGGCCAUGAGGGUGCUGCCAGUCGUCGUGGGCGCCUUCCUCCUCUGCUGGACGCCCUUCUUCGUGGUGCACAUCACCAGGGCCCUGUGUGCCAGCUGCAGGAUCUCGCCGCGCCUCGUCAGCAUCGUCACCUGGCUGGGCUACGUCAACAGCGCCCUCAACCCCAUCAUCUACACCGUCUUCAACGCCGAGUUCAGGAACUUUUUCCGCAAAGUUCUGCGCUGCUGUUAGCAAAUGUGGAGACCCCAGUGUGAGAAACGAAAGGGCACUUUGGUUCAUUAAAAACGGUGGGACUGCUUACAA